AUGUCUGCCACUCCAUUCAUUCAAUUUCUAGGUCCAACAAACCUUGAAGGAUAUGACCGCAAACUUCCCGCAUCAGAGCAACCCAAUAAUAUCCCCAAAACAUUCGUAGAUGCUAUGGAAGUUCGAGAAGCUGUCUUCGUUAAGGAGCAAGGUGUACCCCUCGAAAAUGAAUUCGAUUCUGAUGAUACUCGAGCUUGCCACUGGGUCAUCUAUGCUUCAGUGAACGAAAUGACGGAACCAGAGGUUAAAGACGAUGAUGGAAAUAUACUACGGAGAAAGAGAAGCAGAACUACAUCUCAGCCGAUUGGUACAAUUCGUCUCGUACCAUUUCCGCAUCCACCACAUCCUGAACCUGGCUCAAGUUAUCAAGCUGAUGCGCUUGAAACCGCUCCAAAGCCCGACAGUACAAAUCCACCACCUUAUAUCGUCGAUCGAGCAACUACAUAUCAUGACGGUAUCGAGCCAUAUAUAAAGUUGGGUAGACUAGCAGUUAUCGAAGAAUGCAGAGGUGCCGGGAUCUCCAAGUUAUUGGCAGGUGCGGCGAUGUCAUGGGCUCAACAAAACCCCUCAUAUUUCAACCCCUCUAUUGCCACAGUUGGAAUGGAAAAUGUAGGAGCUUCGAGUACAGAAGAAAUACCAGUGUGGAGGGGUUUGAUGUGUGUUCAUGCACAAGAACAAGUUGCAUCUCUUUGGGCUAAAUGGGGUUUCAAGAUCGAUGAGGGAAUGGGGACGUGGAAUGAGGAAGGAAUCAAACACGUGGGAAUGUUUCAAAGGCUGAAAACGGUGAAUGAUAUUGCACCCACGACGAUUUAA